CACAUUUCCGCUAAAAAACGGCCCAAAAUUUCUACCUUUUCCACAAAUCACUUCCUCUCUUCUUCAAUUUUGCUCCGAUUUCGCCAUUCUCAUGGCUUCCCCCAUGAUCCUGACGUAAAUCCCACCCCCGCCCUUCUCCUCUACCGCCGUCUGGUCGUUUCUUCUCAACGUCGACGGCGAUGUCUUCCGGAAUCAUUCCCAUCAACGACUUCACCUACUGGCUAUCGGAGCACCCCUCCAUCGUCGGAUUCCGUUGGAGUCAUACCCAUUCAUGGGGUUCCACUUGGUCCUUCCUCUUCUCUUCCAUAGCCUUUUACCUCGCCAUCUCCACCGCCCUCCAUCUCUUCCUCACCCUUCUCCUCCGCCCCGGUCGCUCUGUCCCUCUCGGUCCCAUUCCAGCCAUCCAUUCCCUCUCCAUGGCCCUAAUCUCUACUCUCAUCUCCGCCGGUAUCCUCCUCUCUUCCCUCGCCGAGAUCCGCGACACCCGCUGGUUCUGGCGUCGCUCCAAAACCCCCUUCCAAUGGCUUCUCUGUUUCCCCUUAGGAACUCGUCCUUCAGGGCGCGUCUUCUUCUGGUCUUACAUUUAUUACUUAUCUCGAUUCUUCCAUAUGUUCCGUACCAUUUUCACCAUUCUUCUUCGGCGCAGACUCUCCUUCUUCCAGCUUUUUAACCACUCGAUCUCCACAUUUAUGUCCUUCAUGUGGCUUGAAUUUUCUCAAUCCUUUCAGGUUCUGGCGAUUCUGUCGACAUCCGUGGUGUACGCGGUGGUUUACGGUUACAGAUUCUGGACGGCGAUUGGAUUACGAAGGGCUUGUUUCCCUUUUGUUGUGAAUUGUCAAUUCGUUCUGUUGGGUUGUAAUUUAGCUUGCCAUGUGGGGGUUUUGUUGCUUCAUUUCAUGAAAGGUGGAUGCAAUGGAAUUGGGGCUUGGAGUUUCAAUUCUGUACUCAAUGGAGCCAUUUUACUGCUUUUCUUGAACUUCUACCUCAAAAUCCAUCUUGGGGAUACAGAGGAUUCUGUGAAGAUCAUCAAACACCACCAUCAUCAACCGCCCUGUUCUGGAAAUUUAAAGAAUCAGUCUCUUGGAAAAAGAAUGUCUGAAUCUCAGAAUAUCAAAGAGAAGUUCCAUUAAUUGAUCGAUUAAUUCUGUUUUUGAGGAAUGGAAAUUGAAAUCCCACUUCUGGUAUUGGAUUUUCCAAAGGAAUUGGUGGGAAAAUCUGAUGAAUGUAUGGUGAGAAAGAAAGAAAGAAAGAGAUUUGGUGCUGUGGUGGUGACUCAUGGACUGCCUGUUUGGAAGCUAAGGAAAGCAAAUUGUGAAAUUUUGGUAUUGUAAAGAGUGUUGUUGAAGUGAGCUCCAAAAGACGAAGGACGACAGAUGCAAGUGUAUCCAAAUAUUUGCUUGUUCUUUCAAAGUGGUAGGAAGAUUUUACCAUAGCAUUUUAAAGAUUCCAUUGUUAUUCCUUUUGAACAACUUUAAUUACAAGCAAACAAUCUUUAUUUUAUUUUUUUUGUAACUUUAUUAUAUAUACGAACUCACACACAUGAAAUGGCCCCUUUAAAAAGGACGUGGGAAGACCACUUUCCCAAUCUUCAUUUCAAUAUGUUUGGUACUGUGUCAACGUUAGAUUUGCACAGAUUUAAUAUUGUAUAUGAUAUCUAUAUGAAUAUCAACAUACACAACACCUUAUUUGCCUCAA